AUGAUCGACCAAUCGCCAAUUAAGAAGAGGAGUGUACUUACACAGAAAAAUAUUAAUGCGAAAAGUAGUGUGCGCAAGGAGAAAGUGAGCAGCAGUCAGGGGUCACCAAAACAAACAGGCCAUGAGCUGGAGGCUCAACGCCGAAGUCCAAUUAAAGAAAGUUCAGGAUCACCACUUAAAACUGUUAACCAGUUUACCUUUCACAAGGAGACUCCGGAAGAACGAACAUUAGUGCUCAUGAACCAGGUAUUAAUAGCCAAGGAAAGAAUUCAAGAUGAAAAUGAUGCAGAGAGUGUUAAGGAAAACUUAGAACAAGAUAUAAGUCCGAAAAGGAGCACUAAGGCUAUAAGAAAGAAGCAUAGACAUGCUUUAGGUGAUCUGAGUAUCGAUGAGUAUGCUGGGUAUAUUCAGUACAAGGGCUCUAUGAAGAAAAAACAACUUACGUUACACAUUGGCCAUCCUACUAAACUUCCCAGCUUUGUUACACCACCAAGAAAUUACGUUUUAAAGCAGUAUUUCUCUACCAAUACGCUGAAAAGAAGCAAGGGUCGUAAAACUAGAUCACAGACGACAGAGGAUAUUUGUGAAGACAAGAAGGCCGUGCGAAAACUGGAGUUUGCAAUCCAUGAAGAUAGAAACAAAUUGCAGCAAGUAACUAAAACUACAAAAUUAGAAUAUCCAGUUAAUCAGCUUUAA